AUGAAGAAUGAAAACUUCACUCUUACAUAUCAUCCUCGAUCAAGGCCUCAGAGAAUCAUUCUAUGGAUAGCAGCAGCAGCCGUUGCGACACUGGGCCUAGUGAGGUUCGGUAAAUUGCCUACCUCGGCGGAUAAUUGGGUCUUCAGACACGAUCCCCAAGUCCAAGACUUGCCCUAUGGAUUAUUCCCACAAGAGAACGACCCAUUUCAGUUUCUCCCCUGCACCAACACCAGUCGUCCGCCACCACUAGAUGACUCUACUCCGCAGCAAUCAUGGGCCGCCCUUUUCGACCCCAAUCCCAGCCAUUGGAGCUGGGGUAGCACAGGCCAGGGCAUAUACCUGUGUGGAUACUUGGAUCUUCCACUUGAUUAUCACAACUCUUCAGAUCAUCGUAUUGUCCGCAUUGCAGUCACCAAGUUUCAGGUCGCCGGCCUGGCCCAUAGAAAUGACCCCAGGCUUCCACUCAAGAGCUACAGGAGUGAGCGCACUAUCAUUAUAAACCCGGGAGGUCCAGGAGGAAGCGGAACAUCUUUCCUUUGGGAGACUGCAGAGGAGAUGACGAAUCGCUUCAGUGACGGCCAACUCGAUGUGCUAGGGUGGGAUCCCCGCGGUGUGAAUCUCUCACUACCCGCCGCCGCAUGUUUCCCCCAAGACAGUAUCCGGGACCGGUGGCCACUCCUAACACUCCGGUAUCGCGAGGAGGCUCCAAAGACCCAGCUAGAAACUGUGGAUGCCAUGAACAAUGCCACGUUCUUUGCCUGCCAGCAACGACUAGGCGAUUUUGGUCGCUUCGUCAGCACGGCGUCGGUAGCACGCGACCUAGACGAGAUCCGAAAAGCACUUCAUGAAGAGGAAGUCACUGGAUACCUGGUUAGCUAUGGUACGGGGAUUGGCCAGACAUAUGUCAACAUGUUUCCCACCCGAGCGGGUCGUUUGAUACUUGACGGUACGGAAUAUGUCAGGGAUCAUCGCCUCUUGGGUGGAUUUGGCUGGACUGCUCUUGAUAACGCAACAAAUGCAUGGCGAGACGGGUUCUUGGGUGAGUGUCUUAAUGCUGGUCCGAAGUGGUGCGCGUUGGCCAAUCCUUUGCCUAACCAGGAUGGCCCCGUUACCCUUGCACAGCUAGAAGCGCGCAUGGCUCAACUACUCGAGUCGCUCAAAGUUCGCCCACAAUCCGCAUAUACGGAAUCAGGUGGUCCCUCUCUAAUCACUUAUUCAGCGCUCGUGCAGAGCGUCCUCUAUGGGACUAUGUAUAGGCCGAUGGAGUGGCCGGCGGCGGCACAAAUGCUCUAUGAGCUCGAAGCGGGGAAUGCGACUCUAGCAGCUAACGCUCUAGACCUCUCGUGGAGCGACCAUUCUGAGAAGCCAUUCUACCCCUAUUCCCCAAGUUCCAGUGAGCUUGAAUUUCUCGUGAUCUGCUCCGAUGCCUACGAUGCACCCCUUCCAGACGGACUUGACUGGUGGGAUCAGUUGUGGGAGGACAUGUCCACCCGGAGCUGGAUAGCUGGAAAUUCGCGUUUCUUCUCAGUUCUGCCAUGUCGACACUAUAAUACCUAUUGGGACCGUCCUUCGGAGGUGUAUCGAGGCGAUCUUAACCACACUCUCAAGACUCCUACUCUGCUUAUCGCUUCUCCAUAUGACCCUGCAACGCCCUUACGCAAUGGAAGAAGACUCCUAGCUGAGAUGGGACAGAAUGCCCGGUUGAUUGUUAAUCACGCUUAUGGACACAGCUCUAGACGUGCUAGGUCGGACUGCACGGAUCGAGUUGCAAAAGCUUACAUUCUACAUGGCACUAUUCCCAAGGAACAGGAAAUUCAGUGCUAUGCUAAUGAACAGCCUUAUAUUCAUGGUCUUAUGAACGAUGAAUAA